AGAUUGUAACGGAUUAUAAAAAAAGAUGGCUGGAAAAAUAUUUUCAGGAAAAGUAUUUCUUUUAGUUACUGGCGCUAGCCAAGGAAUCGGACAAAAAAUUGCUGAAGUACUUUCAUCUAAUUUAGAUAAUGGAUCACAAGUUUUAUUAUUAGCAAGAAAUGCAGAAAAAUUGAAAGAAACUUCAAAUAAACUACCAAAAAAUUUAAGUGUUAAAUAUGAAAGCGUUGAUUUGAGUGUGGCAAAAGCUGAUCAAUUGAAAGAUAUUGUAUUGAAGUCAUUGGGAGGUAAGAAACCGGAAGAAUUUGACCAAUUGGUAGUGAUACAUAAUGCUGGAUCUGUUGGAGAUGUAUCCCAACCAACUACUCAAAUGAUUGAUUUUGACAUCUGGAGGAAAUAUUAUGAUUUAAAUGUAUUUUCCCCAGCUGUAUUAAAUGGAGUUUUGAUGAAUAUUUUCAAUAAUAAGAAAAUUAAAAAAAAUGUUAUUAAUAUCACCUCUUUGUGUGGUAUUACACCUUUUAAAUCCAUUGGAUAUUAUUGUACUGGAAAAGCAGCUCGAGAGAUGUUUUUCAAGGUCUUUGCUGAAGAAAAUCCAGACAUAAAUGUUCUGAAUUAUUCUCCAGGUCCUGUAGAGACAGAUAUGCUUGCAACAAUAUCUAAUAAUGUUGGUGAUCAAGAUGUGAAAACUACAUUCCAAGAAAUGAGAAAAAAUAAAACUGCUUUAACCACGGAUCAAACUGUUAGAAAAUUUACUGAAGUUCUUUUAGCAAAAAAGUACAAGUCUGGUGAUCAUGUAGAUUACUAUGACGAACUUUAAAUUGACAAAAUAAUGCAUGUGAUUGAGGUGUUCGAUUUUUAUUUGUGUUCUUAAUUUAAAAUGUGUUAUUUAUUAAUUGAUAUUACAUUUUAAUGCAUAGUACUUUGCAAAAUUUUAGAAAUACUUAUGACUAAAAUCACAUUUAAAAUUCUAUUGUAUAAUUUUUAUCACAGAUUGUUUGAGGCCACAAAUUUGUACAUUUGCAUAAAAAUUUCCCUUUUUACAUUUACCUUAAAUAUAUAACUACGAAAAAUUAUUCAAGUUAUUACUAGA